AUAACACAAACACACUUGAGAAAGUGGUUGGUUUUCUGUCAAUAGUGCUCAUGGCAUAGUAUAUCAUAUAAUUUCGGACGAAAACAACAGAUGUGCAAACUGGAUGAAAAAGCGUCGCAAAGAGUAAAGAUAUCAUUAGAUUGCACAUGAUAGGCGUUCUUCGGUCGCUGGUAACUUAUAAGAAUUGACCCGCCGUAAUUACUAGGCAAUACAGGCGGGUACGGAAGAUUUAGUGAAAUCAAUAUACGCUGUUGGAUUGCAUUUUGAUGACACCUGUCUGAGAUGUCAGUACGGAAUCCAGCUACGCUGAUGUCUAUCAGCAAUGAGGAAAGUUUUGACUUCCUGUUCAAAAUCGUUCUAAUUGGUGACUGCGGGACAGGGAAAACCUGUAUUGUACAACGCUUCAAGUCUGGAAACUUUAUCGAAAGCCAUGGGAACACCAUUGGAGUAGACUUCUCGAUGAAAGCAGUGACAGUGGAUGCGAAAAAAGUGAAGCUCCAAAUUUGGGACACAGCUGGGCAAGAACGCUUCAGAACUAUAACGCAAAGCUACUACCGGUCAGCAAAUGGUGUGAUAAUAGUAUACGACAUCACCAAGCGAUCGUCCUUUCUUAAUCUGCAACGAUGGAUCGACGAAGUGCGUCGUUACACAGCUUCAAACGUGAUGAUUUUCGUGAUAGGAAAUAAAUGCGACCUGGAUGCCAUACGGGAGGUUGAGUUUUCCGAAGCGCAAACCAUGUGCCAAUACAUACCAGAGAUUAUGUUCGUAAUGGAAACGUCAGCCAAGGACAACCGGAAUAUCGAAGAUGCCUUCAUGACGUUGGCCACUGAGCUUAAGAGGCGGCAUGACAACAUUACUUCAGAUGAUGAUGCUGAUGGUAUCACUCUGGGGCACAGCAUGUCGCUCUCGGUUAGUAAUUGUAGUAUGUGUAGCAGAACGUGAGCUGAACACAUAAUGUUAUCGUUGAAUCCUGUUAUCAAAUCUCCUAAUGUUGGAGACAGAUAUCUAACUGUAGUAUCACAGCUGUGAGUGUAAAUAUAAUAUAUUUUUACGUUAACUCAUGAUCUAGACACUCAUUUAGUUGAUAGUCGCGGCUCGAGCUAGCUUUUGUAAAAAAUACAAUAUUCUCGUUGUAGUUGAAAAACCCCAUAACACUCUGCUUACGACAAUAUUUUUUCUGUUUUUUAAGUAUGCAUAAUGUCGCAAAUAGUGCGCAUUAUUCACACAAUGACGCGAUAUAAUAAACAAUUGUUGUGAUGUUACGUAUAAACAUAGAAUAAACAAAAUUGUAGCAAGCUUAGGGUUUGGUUUUUCAAUUACAGUAAAAAUAUUUAUUAUUUUUAGUUGUACUGAAACCAAGUUCAAUCAUUAUUGAGUUAUACGUGCGCAUAGAUGUCACUCCUUUAUUUGAUUUUAUUUUUGUUGUAUGCUAUAAUACGCUACUGAACUGAACUGAUACGAUGCACAUAUUUCUCGGUUUGCUCAUGAUAAUUGAUGUUUUAUUUGCUUUUCGUGCUACACUUUUUGCUGAUGCGAAUAACUGAUUAGCUCUAGUUCACAUUAAACUCCCUAUUACCGCAGGAGAGUCAUUUCAAAAUGUGCGAUGGAGGAAAUAACGAUCCGUUUUCUUAUCUACUUCUAAUUAUUUGAGUCGACUCAGUAAUAUCUUAAUUGUUUUAUGCAUUUAAGUUGCGUUAGCCAAGGAAUUAUAAGUAGUAUAAAGUUAAUUGUCCGACAAAUUGGAACAACGAAUAACCUCCUAGUGGUUCCAUUCUUCACUUGCAUAAUAAGCUUGCAUAAUCCAUUGAAUACUUCGCUUUCUCAAAGUUUUAAAGUAGACAUUUCAAAUAUAUAAUCAGUUGAAACGAAACGAUAUGUGGAAUAUGUUGUAUUUAAAGUGGAGUUCCACAUAUUUUGAAUUCUUACUUCUUGGCUCGGAUUAGAAAAUAUUAUGACUGUAUGGAUUAUUUUACUGGAUUCAGUAAGUUUGUAGUUGACUAUUUUCUGAAUAUAUGCUGGUACUGAUGAUCAUGGUCGAGUAAAGCAAACUAUAUUUUUGAAAUAUUUUGCAGCUAUUCUAACAUGGCAUGGUUAUGAUUUAUUUAUAUUUGUAUUAAAUUUGCUGUUUUUCUGAAAAGAGGUAGAAUUUGAUUAUUUUUACCUUUUUAUUGUAGCACUGCAGUACUUUUGGUUGGCCACUAACACUUCAAUGUUUGCUUUCACUUUCGACAUUGAAAUUAGUCACGAAUUUUGCAAUUCAAUAAAACGUAGGAUGAUUCCUUAUUUUACCAUAGGUAGUCCGGACAAUGCCGCACUCUUGUUAAUUACUCUGCAAUCGAAUGCAUAUACUUUGGCAUCAAUCUAGUUCCUAAGAAACCGCAAAAAAACUAAAAAUCUGGACUUGGAAAACUCGAUUCAAGCGCCUGCAAUAGAUGAAAAAUGAACUCAAUACUCGUUAUCGAUCUUUGACAAUUGUUUAUGUUUGAACACUUGAAAUAUGAAUAUUUUUCGCUAUUUUCACGCCCGGGUUGGGUCAGAUUAAUCUACUGGUAUUUUCCUAGAGGUUUUUCAGAUUAACGGUGAAAGCUAUAUGAAUGGCUAGUGUCCACAUUUUUAGAAAAUUGACAUUUUGGCAUUUUUUAAUAGUUCUAAGUAAUCCACGUGGACUGUAAUUUGCGAAAUUUAAAAAUAAUUUUUAGAUUUUUUGCUAUUAGCAGUCAAUGUUGACCAUGGAGGUAACCCCAGCACUACCUGGAGUCCAAAAGGGGCUAACCCCACAUUGUGUCUUUUAGAAAUUCGAGUUUUUUCGUUUGUUUUCCGAUAUUUUUAGAAAAAGUAGUCAAUCGAAUCGCCAUCAGUAAACGUUAUAUUGCAGCUCAGAUAACGGUAAACUCGAUAAAGUACUAAUUUUAGUUGGAUUGCAUUGUACGUUGACGUUUCGGCCCAAACAGUCUUUCCUGAAGGUGAGUGCCGCUCACAUACUUGCAAUGUAUGGCUAUUUUCUAUCUAAUAUAUAUUUCUUACAUAAAUGUAUAUUGUUGAGCGUAAUUUUUCUGAAAUUCCAGUGAAAGUGUCAUGGCUCUGCAUUAAAAGUUGACCGAUAAUAAGGGAUCAAGCGAAAAACGACACAAUGUGGUCGAAAAAUUAAAAACAUGUUUUAAUCUACCUAGUAGUGCAAUUGUCCCAUACUACAAUUCCAUGACUGGUUAUGUUCAAUAUAAUGAUGGAAAUGUUUAUUACAUAUUCAGUACGAUUUGCACAGACAUACGACAUCCACAAACAUGAGAUGCUAUGUGUCGACGCUGAAAUACUUGAAACUAGCGGCGGACCCAGGAGGAGGGUCCGCGGGGUCCGGACCCCGCCGAUAAUUUCCAACUUGUCAAGAAAUUUUAAACUAGUUUCAAUUUUAAAGUAGUUUCAAACUUAAAAUCACUAAAAAAUUUCACUGGGUUUCUUUCAGUGAUGUUAUUGCGUAUUACGUAAUGUGUUCAUUUCAAAAUCGAAAUUUUAGACCCACUAGAAAGUUUUAUUCUAGAUCCGCCCCUGCUUCUCACAAAGAUAUAUAAUAAUUAGCUUAAUUAGGGAUGAAUAACUCACAACCGAACCACCCCAGUCUAUCAUGGUAUACCUACUGGGUGAAGAUGAUUGAGAUGAGAGAGGGGUGGGUCUGAAAAGGGUGCAUAAAGCAGUCGUUUGAGGGGGAUCUGUUAAGGGGUUGGAGGGGAAGUGGUUUGAUGGGUGCAAAGGUUUGAUGGAGAGAUGACUUGAGGGGCGCUUGUAAUGUGAGGGGGGAGGGGCAACCCCUCACCGCGUACCUCUAGCUAUGCCCCUGUUAAAAGACAAAAUACUUAUAUUAGCCACACAAAUUGAGUUGGGGGCAUCCAUAUACUACGUGGACAGUUUGUGGGGAGGGUAGGGGGUACGAAAAAGUCCACGCUUGUCCGUGCAGAGGGGGUGGGGGUAUAGAAAUAGUCCACGUGGACUCAAUCAUAUUUUUUCUCAAUGAGGUCUUAAAACAAAUUUGCACCAUUGGCAUAAGCGUCUGAUGUUUUCCUUCAAUUCAUCCCAAAACUGUAUAACACUUAAAGAGCUCCUAACAGUAUAGCAUGUUCAUGCCACGAAAUCAGUGAAAAUCAACACCGAGUAAAAUGUUGCUCCCAGAAAUAUUUGAUUAAAUCUUCUAUAUCGUUGUCAACAAUUAUUUUAGAAUUUCAAAUCAAGCCUUUGAUUUUACAUGACGCAAUUAAAGUUCAUAGUUUACUCAAUUUUUUCCCCAAAUUUUGUGUGCAAAAAAGUUUCUUUCAGGCAUACAAUUCUCAAUGUUUGUAAUUUUCACAAAUGUCAAAGUUUGAAAUAUGUUUUUAUUCGAUUCUUCAGGGUACAGCCAGUAUAAAAACAGUCCAACACAAUACGAAUACCUGAAAUUGGAAACCCUCUUUAUGAUAUUACUUGACAAAAACAUCGGGAUAGUCUACGUGGACAUUCUGUGGAGGGGGUAGGGGUACAGAAAGUUGUAGGUCCUAUCAUUUUCAAUAUAUCUUCUGAAGAUGAAAGCCUUGUAGGUUUGUUUCGAGAUAGAGCAUGUUUUGGUUAAAAAAUUUACUUACAGAUUAUGUUUUACAAUAUGCAGAAAACCAUAUGUUUUGCUUUCCCGUUAUCAAUGAGAAAUAUUUUAAAUGUGUUAGACAGCAUGAUAAAAGAACUCUUAUAUCCCCUUAAAUCCUUUCUACCAAUUAAUAGGCUAUUUCUACUGAUUCGUGUAUCUACUUAAUGUAUUAAACACGGACUUGACUUAUCUUAUCGUACAUGUUUUGCCAUUACAAAUGUUAAACAAAUGUAAUUUUUGUUUUUCGUACUAGAUAUACAUUUAUUCUACGAGGCACAUAUUUUCUGAAUACAUCCGCAUCAAAAGCUCAGUAAAAAUCUUUGUAAUAAAUCCACCCAUUGUUUUCAAGCGAAUGUCACUAAAUGUUAGUGUUUUAUAACCAGAACAAAAAAAAACUUCGCACAUCACAAGAAAACUAAAGUACAGGGUCUGUCGUUUAUUUCAGUACCAAAAUUUCUUUUUAUAUUCAUAUUUUAAACAAUGUGAAAAUAGUGCUUUCAUUGAUAGUAAAUUUAUUUCAAACGGUAACUUAAGGUGAUAGAUAUUUAUUAUACUAUACUACAAAAGUAUAUGUAAGAAAGAUUUAUUUUUUUGUAAAUAUGAAAUAAUAAUAAAAACUCUAAUCUCCUUUCGCUACACACGGCGUUCUAUGCGAUUACCUGCA